AGGAUUCUGGCUCUGCUUAGAACCAGGCUGUUGCUGAGUGACCUGGAGCGAGAGGAGCAAGCCAAGGAGAAGCAGACGCUAGAGUUGGAGUCGGCCCAGGAGCCUGAGCCAGACCUGGGGUUAAAGCUGGAGCAGCAUCACUAAAGAAGCUGAAGAGAUGCUCGUUAUUUUGGGACUGUUCACCUGCUUCCUUUCGGUUUUGUACAUGACAGCUCCAUCCAUCAGGAAGUACUUUGCCGGUGGAGUUUGUAGAACUAACGUGCAGCUUCCUGGAAAGGUGGUGGUGAUCACUGGUGCCAACACAGGCAUUGGCAAGGAAACAGCCAGAGAGCUCGCCCGCAGAGGAGCCCGAGUGUACAUUGCCUGCCGAGAUGUACUGAAGGGGGAGUCUGCUGCCAGUGAAAUCCGAGCAGAUACAAAGAACUCCCAGGUGUUGGUACGGAAACUGGACCUAUCUGACACCAAAUCCAUCCGAGCCUUUGCUGAGGGCUUUCUGGCAGAGGAAAAGAAGCUCCAUAUACUGAUCAAUAAUGCAGGAGUAAUGUUGAAUACAUAUUCCAAGACGGCAGAUGGCUUUGAAACCCAUAUUGGGGUCAACCACCUGGGCCACUUCCUUCUCACCCACCUGCUCCUGGAGCGGCUGAAAGAAUCUGCUCCCUCGCGGGUGGUGAACCUGUCUUCCGUGGUGCACCAUGCCGGCAAGAUUCGCUUCCAUGACCUCCAGGGCGAGAAGUAUUACUGCAGUGGUUUUGCCUAUUGCCAUAGCAAGUUGGCCAACGUGCUUUUCACCCGUGAGCUGGCCAGGAGGCUUCAAGGCACAGGGGUCACCACCUACGCGGUGCACCCAGGCGUUGUCACCUCCGAGCUGUUCCGGCACUCCUUCCUCCUGUGUCUGUUGUGGCGGUUCUUCUCCCUCUUCCUCAAGUCCACGUGGGAGGGGGCGCAGACCAGCCUGCACUGUGCCCUGGCUGAGGGCCUGGAACCCCUCAGCGGCAAGUACUUCAGUGACUGCAAGAGGACCUGGGUCUCUUCAAGGGCCCGAAAUAACAAAACAGCUGAGCGUCUGUGGAAUGUCAGCUGUGAGCUUCUAGGAAUCCAGUGGGAGUAGCUAGGGGAAAAGCUAUGGCUUUAUCAGGCCCAAUCCACGCCACGAUGAAAGGGCACCAAAGAGAAGGCCAGCCCUAAAGGAUUGUCCUACUAACCUUUCUGGAAAUCUCUGUACAACCAACCCUCAUGAGAGGCUGGCUCAUGGCCCAAGACGGACAUGCCUGCCUACAAACCUUCUCAAGACUCGGAGAGUCGGCAGCCUGCGGGGACAAGGGGACUGGGCAGAUCCCACCCACGCUGCAGUAGGGGUGGGAGCAGAGCCUGGGGAAUUGGGCCGAUUUCCUCACCAACACGGAAAACACCAGCCUGCACGCUCAGCUGAGGUGGUCGGAGCACCAGCACCACAUAUUUCAGAGUCUGCUGCCUUGAACUCUGGACGGUCUUGUUUCCCCUCUGAAGGGCUGACCCCAACCCCGGACUCUGGACCAAUUCAGGAAGACGGGCUGAGCUCAGCUGAAUUUGAUUUCUUCCUUUGAACACCCUGGAGCCACUGUGUGAAGCUGGGUCUUCCCCUUUCCCAUCAUGCAGGUGGUUUCUUCUAAAAAGUUUCCUUUACCCCGAUUUUUAGUGAAAAUAAAAAUUUGAAUACA